UAUAAGGUCAGGAACAGAGACUACAAAGACUUCUUUAGAAUUGGUCGAGUGUUCAGUACCUUAUGGACGGAUGCGUUGGGCAAUAAUGCCGGCAAAGUCGAUCCUACUUUCGUGAGUGAGGUACUAUACGGCGAGCGUGUUUACUCCAAGAUCCGGCGAUUCAUUGUUGUUCGAGAAGGGGAAAGAUCCGUAAGCUGUCUGCCGGUUACGUCGUAUGCAAACGAGGGUAUUAGGAAGAGCGGCAUUCGACUCGACGAACAUGGGUUCAUUUACAGCAGGAACAAACCCAGGAAGGUUGAAGGUAUGUGUUCAAGGCAAUUAAAACUCAACUUGGCCCAAGGUGCCGCCCAUUUAAAGGAUCCGUCAUUGGUGAACUAUGGCAAAGUGUACAACGUGGAGACCAAUGUUAAGGUCAAGAAUGUUGGCACCUUG